AUGUCAACUGGAAAACGAAUCGUAUUCACUGGUGGCAGCGGCAAGGCUGGACGCCAUUGCAUCCCAGAGCUCCUCAAGCAAGGCCACCAAGUCCUCAAUGUCGACCUCAUCGACUUCCCUGGCACCGACCACAACAUAUUCACCCUCAAGGCCGACCUCACAGACAGCGGCCAAGUCUUCAAUGCCCUCACAUCUCAUUACAACUUCGCUGGGUACGACGAGGACCAGGUCCCCCAACCUCCAGAUGUAGUCAUCCACUUUGCUGCCUACGCACGCAACAUGCUCGUCCCAGACAACGAAUGCUUCAGAGGCAACGUACUCGCAACCUACAACGUAAUCGAAGCAGCCUGCAAACUCGGCGUCCCCAAGAUCAUCAUCGCCAGCUCCGAAACCACCUAUGGCGUUUGCUUCUCCCAGGGCGACACUGACUACCACUCUUUCCCACUCGAGGAGGACUACGACGUCGAUCCCAUGGACACAUACGCACUAUCCAAGAUCUGCGGUGAGAAAACCGCAAGGUCCUUCUCCCGCCGCUUCAACGACCGCGACAUCUACGUGCUCCGCAUCGGCAACGUAAUCGAACCUCACGAGUACGAGAGAGACUUCCCCAACAUCGUCGGCAAGCCCGAGGGCAGAAAGCGAAAUGCAUGGUCCUACAUUGACGCCCGUGACUUGGGUCAAAUCUGCGAUUUGUGCAUCAAAAAGGAUGGUUUGGGCUUUGAGAUUUUCAAUGCUACUAAUGAUACUAUUACGACCACGACACCUACUGAGGAGUACCUGAAGAAGGUAGCUCCGAACACACCCAUUACUCGCAAGAUGGGUGAGUUUGAGGCACCGUUGAGCAAUAGGAAGAUCAGAGAGGUUUUGGGUUUCAAGGAACAGCAUAAUUGGCGUCAGUACUACAAGGCCGAGUAG